AAUAGGAUAAUCCAUUUUCCUGGGGCUUCGAAUGCAGCACAAGUCAUGUUGGGUUUUCUCAAAACGGUGUGAAGUCAAGUGUGCGGACUAAAAUGUUGUUCGGUUACAGGACAGACUGCACCCAUUGGUAAAAGUGACGCACGUUUCUAUCUCAAGUAAACAGAAUUCGAGAGUGUACAACCAGACGGCUCCGAGUCCAGAAAUGCCAGAUUCAGCGUCAAGUGAUCCUGGUUCAAGGGUAUUUGACCCUCAACAUUCCCAGAACCUCCUCAGAGUUCUUCGUACCUUCUGGCAAGAGCAAAGCUUCCAUGAUGCACUGCUGGUGGUAGACGGUGAGGAGCUUCCUGUCCAGAAAAACAUCCUGGCUGCAGCCAGCCCGUAUAUCCGGACCAAACUGAACUACAAUCCUCCAAAAGAAGAUGGCUCAGUGUACAGGAUUGAGCUACAGGGGGUCUCCAUGCCCAUCAUGAAACAGAUUCUGGACUACAUCUUCAGUGGUGAAAUCACUUUGAGCGAAGGGACCAUCCAGGACAUGGUGCAAGCAUCUGACCUGCUCCUCAUGACUGAGCUCAAGUUGCUGUGUUGCCAGUUCCUCGAAAGCUGCAUCACAGCAGAGAACUGUAUCGGCAUCCGUCUUUUCUCCCUCCAUUAUUGCCUUCACCACGUCCACUACGCUGCCACCGAGUACUUGCACACGCAUUUCCGCGAUGUGGCGCUCACAGAGGAGUUCAGGGAGUUGCCUCACAACCGACUCUGUGAGGUGCUGUCUGAGGAGAAGCUUAACGUCGGUAAUGAAAAGCAUGUUCUGGAGGCCGUGGUGCGAUGGUUAGUCCACGAUCCAGACGCUCGCAGGGUCCACAUGAAAGAAGUGAUGUCUGCCGUGUGGUUGCAAGGCUUGGAUGCAAGCUACCUGAGAGAACAGGCCAUGGGAGAGCCUCUGAUGAGAGAGGUGAUUAGAGAGCACUGCCAGCCAGUUCUAGGAGAGAGUCAGUUGCAGGGCGAAGCUCUUCUUGCUGCUUUCAAGCCUCGAGGUUACUCUGAGUGUAUUGUUGUCGUCGGCGGAGAGGAUCGAAGGACCAGAAAACCCACGGCUGUGACCCGCUGCAUGUGUCCACUCUAUGACACCAACCGACAAGCCUGGAUUGAGUUGCAGCCUAUGAGCAUUGCCCGUGUGGGUCAUGAGGUGGUCGCUGCUGAGGGAUUUCUAUUUGUGGUUGGUGGGACAGACGAGAACAAUAUCGUCUUGGACACUGGUGAGAAGUAUGACGCAGACUCCAAUACAUGGAGCCCCAUCCCCGCAAUGUUACAGACUCGUCAGAACUUCGGCAUGGUGGAGCUGGAUGGUCUAAUUUAUAUUCUUGGUGGGGAGAAUGACGAAAGUGAACUGACUACUGUGGAAGCGUUUGACCCUCACGUCAAUACCUGGAAGAUGCAGACCAGUAUGACCAUGAUCCGCAAGGUGGGUUGCUAUGCCACUAUGAACAAGAAAAUCUAUGCCAUGGGUGGCGGUUCCUAUGGGAAACUUUUCGACUCAGUUGAAUGCUUUGACCCCAAAACCCAGCAGUGGACAGGACUCUGUCCGCUCAUGGAAAGAAGGUUUGGAUCGGUGGCCUGUGGCGUCGGUAAGGAACUCUACGUGUUUGGUGGAGUGAGAAGUCAAGAGAACGACAACCCAGAGCAACGUCAUAUGAUGACCUGCAAGUCUGAAUUCUACCAUGAUGACAUGAGGAGAUGGAUGCUCCUGGAUGAGCAAAGCCUAUGUGUCCAGACGAGCUCAUCAUUCGUCUAUGGUGCAGUUCCCAUCGGAGGCAGCAUCUAUGUCGUUGGAGACUUGGACACCGGUACCAGUUUCGACUACAUCCGCGAGUUUCGCCGCAGCACGGGGACCUGGCAUCGUACCAAGCUCAUGCUAGCCAGCGACCUCUCCAAAACAACCUGUGCCGCACUUCGGAUCGCCAACUGCCGUCUGUUCCGCCUUCAGUUGAACCAAGGCAUGUUUCGAAUCAGAGUCUGAAUUGAGGAAGAACAAAGCAGUUGGUGCAUAUCGCUUUCACUUUUGCACACUUGUAAUGUAUACCCACAUAUGACAUGUCUGGGUUUAGGGAAUUCCAAAACACUGAAGUAUUUAAGUGGCUAACUAUGCUUAUUACUAGGGAGACUGUUUGCAGUAUGCAGUUCACGCUGUGUGACUUGGUUGCAAAAACGAUUGUUUCCUUCUUAUAGCCUGAUUUGAUUUAUUGAUGAGAUCAAAUGCUUGGUUUUUCAACCAGAUAUAUUUAGUCAUGGUUUUUAUUUUUUUAAUUUUUUUACUUCUAGUCUACUGCUUGAUGGGGGAUUUGGGUAAGACUGGGGAAAAAAAGCAGAUGACGAACCAUCAUUUUAAAAACAAGCCAAAUGAUUGUGUCUGAACAUUCGUUUUCUUUACUGCUUUUUGUCUACAUUAUUGUGUAAAAUGUUGAGAAGUGGCACCACUAGGAAAUUUCGAAAUACGGCUUGUGAGCAAAAGGAAACCGUUAAUGUCAUUUCUGAGUAACUAAACAGGCAUAACGUCAAAGAAUAAUUAGAAAAAGUCUGUUCUGGGUACCACGGUGGCCUUUUUGCUACCUUGUCUUCCUCACAAUUGAAACGUUCUGUGUUUGAAUUGUUUCUCAGACCUUCCUUUGUGGAGUUUGCCUAUUCUCACCGUGGCUUUUUAUUCGACUAGCUUCAUCCUACAGUGCAAAAACGUGCUCAGGGAAGGUUAAUUGAAUGCUCUCAAUUGUCCGUUGGCGUGAAUGUGAGUGUGGUGAUUCGGUUAUUCGUAUUUGUCGGCAACCCAGUUGAUGAAAAGUAGUGUAGAAAAUGGAUGGAAGGAUGAAAAAACGCUGUAUCUUAUACACACACACACGCACACAAGUAUACACAAAAACGGAUGGAUGGAUGGAUGGAUGGAUGGAUGGAUGGAUGGAUGGAUGGAUGGAUGGAUGGAUGGAUGGAUGGAUGGAUGGAUGGAUGGAUGGAUGGAUGGAUGGAUGGAUGGAUGGAUGGAUGGAUGGAUGGAUGGAUGGAUGGAUGGAUGGAUGUUACAUUAGCAAUGGUAUACUAAGGAGGGGGUGGGUACUGCUGUAUUGUUUUCAAUAUUCCUUGUACACCGUUUACUGCUACAUUUGCACUCUGGGUUUCUUAAGUUACUAACCCAAGGGUAUCCAAACUCAGUCCUCAAGGGCCCCUGUCCUGCCUGUUCUGUGUCACGAUGCCGCAACACAGCAAGGUGUCAUGGAAAACUGGACAUGCCUGCACUUACCUAUUUAAACUUGGAUUACCACCACUGUGAAAAUUGUGCGUUAAAUUGACAAAUUAAUUCCAGAAUAUAUGUCUUACUUGGGUGCCACUUUGGAGACAAGCGCCUACAUCUGUAUCUACACCUCACGCUCAAAGAACAAACAUAUUAAAGAAAAUUGCCGAAGAAACUUGUAGCAUAGCAAAGCUGUUGGGGUUCUUAUUUUCAUUCCAUCACAUGUGCGCUUCCAGUAAAGCUGUCAGCAAGUCCUUUAAUACAGGGAUUGUCAAUCGGUGGUACGCGGGGUGGGCAGUGGGCAAUUUCCUCUAUUAAUCUUGUAAGCGGCAUGACGUGAGGUAAGAAUUAUGACUGAUGAAUAGAAAACACUAGACAGUAGCCCAUUUCACCUGCGUUUUACUGUUACUGUAACGACAGUGAUUUAUUGUUCUGUUCUUCCACAUUGGCACUUAAUUAUGCGGCACAACAGUAGAAGUCUAAUCUGAUAGUGAGGGUUUUAAACAGUUAUUUUAGACAAGUGGACAAAAACAUUAUAAUGUUUAGCUUGUAUGAAUGAAUAUGUUUCGGAAGAUGUAGCCUGGUGUACUGUAUGUCAAGGGAAUUAAAGCACCAAAAUAAUUAACA